AUGUUCAGUUCUCGUAGCCAUGGCGAUCAAGAAUUUCUGAUAAUAAAGCCAGAUGACAAGUUUUUCUCAAGGCUAUUAUCCAAGGAGAAACCCAAAGGCGGCGGCGGCGGCGGAGAUUCCUCGUUGAGAUUCUACUACCGCGCAGGAUGUUCCGGUUCCAUUCCAUUCCAAUGGGAAUCUCAGCCGGGAACGCCCAAACACGCCCUUGCCGAUUCUUGCAUCUUCAAUCCUCCGCUCACUCCUCCGCCUUCUCUCCAUAGCUCCGCCGCCCUCAAAUCCGGGCAAAAACAGCCCUCGAAGAUCAAGCUUUUUCUCUCCAAUUUCCCUGGGAAAUUAUCCCGGUCUUUUUCCUCCCCCGCCGGGGAUUUCAGUGGUCGGAGGCACGGGGCUAGGUCGGAUUUCCUGUUCCAGCUUGAGAAGUUGUAUGGGGAUGAUAGUCACCGGGAGACGGCCGCAGCCGCCGGCGAUUUUCCACCUUCGCCGCUGUGUUUCGGUGGCCGGAGUCGGAGGUCUAAGGGCGGCUUUGGAAGGUUUUAUUAUGUAAAGAACAUGAAGAGAGCACUGCUGUCGGUGGUCGCUCGUGGUGGUUCUUCAACUUGA